AUGCUUCCAGGAAGGCUGCAGACCCACACGGCCACACAACCACACAAGAGCCGAGAACUACACGCCACAUGCAACCGAGAGGGUAGAAACAGAGACGGAGCCGCGCAGAACGAGGAAGUUAGCGACACUAAGGCAGACAAUACCCAACAACAGACCCCAGGCAACCGAGAGGGUAGAAACGGAGACGGAGCCGCGCAGAACGAGGAAGUUAGCGACACUAAGGCAGACAAUACCCAACAACAGACCCCAGGCAACCGAGAGGGUAGAAACGGAGACGGAGCCGCGCAGAACGAGGAAGUUAGCGACACUAAGGCAGACAAUACCCAACAACAGACCCCAGGCAACCGAGAGGGUAGAAACGGAGACGGAGCCGCGCAGAACGAGGAAGUUAGCGACACUAAGGCAGACAAUACCCAACAACAGACCCCAGGCAACCGAGAGGGUAGAAACGGAGACGGAGCCGCGCAGAACGAGGAAGUUAGCGACACUAAGGCAGACGAUACCCAACAACAGAUCCCAGGCAAUCGAUCGAACGAAGUGACGACACUUGGGUAG